ACGCCUAUGCUCGAACCCUUAUAAAUAUGCAUACAUAUCCCCAUACACAACCAAACCACACUGAGAUAGCUAGCCAGUCAGUCAUAUCAGACAUUUCCUAGUCACUUCUCUUCCCUGCCAGCAAGUUAAAGAGAUGGAGAUGCAAAUGAUGCAAUCCAGAUUCAAGAGGAUUUGUGUCUUCUGUGGGAGUAGUCCGGGAAAGAAGAGCAGUUACCAGGAUGCAGCUAUCGAGCUUGGGGAAGAAUUGGUUUCAAAGGAUAUUGAUUUGGUUUAUGGAGGAGGGAGUAUUGGCUUGAUGGGUUUGAUUUCCCAAGCUGUUUAUGAUGGUGGAAGACAUGUCAUUGGAGUUAUCCCCAAGACCCUCAUGCCUAGAGAGAUUACUGGAGAAACAGUGGGAGAAGUGAAAGCAGUAGCUGACAUGCACUCAAGGAAAGCAGAAAUGUCUAAGCACUCUGAUGCCUUCAUUGCCUUACCUGGUGGAUAUGGGACACUUGAAGAGCUUCUUGAAGUAAUAACUUGGGCUCAGCUGGGCAUCCAUGAUAAACCAGUGGGAUUGUUGAAUGUGGAUGGGUACUACAACUCCUUAUUGUCCUUCAUCGACACUGCUGUGGAAGAAGGUUUCAUUAGUCCAAAAGCGCGUCACAUAAUUGUUUCUGCUCCUACUGCCAAGGAGUUAGUGAAGAAAAUGGAGGAAUAUGUCCCCCGCCAUGAAAGAGUUGCUUCAAAGUUAAGCUGGGAAAUGGAGCAGUUUGGCUACUCCCCAAUCUCUGAUAUUUCAAGGUGAACAAAUUCAUGGGCGCAAAGAGGGUGUUCAUGGCCUUUAUUGGUGAGAGGAACUAAUUUUAGAUGAGUGAAGUGAACCUACUUGAAAUGGGAUUUCAAUUAUUGCUUUUCCCUUUCGAUCUGGUAGUGUAAGCUGAAAAGAAAAAAAUUGACCUCAGAAAAUUAAGUAGCUUCUUUAGUUACUCUCUUUAUCAAAGGAACUUGGCUUGUACGUAAUUUAUUUAUUUUUCAUUAUAAUUUCAAAAUUGGGUUUUAUUGUAAAAUUAAAA